UUGCUAGGGUUUUACCCCGCCUUCCUCGGCACCGUUGCCUGAUCGCCUCCACCCGCCUACUCCUCUUCCGGUGCGGCGGUGCUUCCGAGGCGGGGAGAUCGGCCAUGAGGGACCUCCACCUCUCUCUGAACCAGACCCAGCGGGUCCGCCUCGAGGCGGCGCUCCACGAGCUGCAGUCCCUCGUGCCCGCCGCCGCGUCCGCCGCCGCCGUCACCGUCGCGGACACCAUCCCCGUCAACCAGGAGGACAACAUCCUCAAGGGGCACGGGACGUCGGGCCAGGACGGGGAGGUGGUGGCGACGCUCUGCGGGAUGGUGGAGCGGGUCAACAAGCUGGUCUACGUCCGUACUCUCCGGGCGAGAUAUAAGCCGGAGGUUGGUGAUAUCAUAGUUGGGCGUGUCAUUGAGAUUGCUCCUAAGCGCUGGAGGUUGGAGAUAAAUUUUAGCCAGGAUGCUGUGUUGAUGCUUUCUUCCAUGAAUUUGCCUGAUGGCAUUCAGAGAAGGAGAACUGCUGUUGAUGAACUUAAUAUGCGGAGUAUCUUUGAGGAAAAUGAUGUUAUCUGUGCUGAAGUUCGUGGUUUCCAACUUGAUGGAUCUCUGCACCUACAAGCAAGGAGUGAAAAGUAUGGAAAGCUUGAGAGGGGUCAAUUGCUGAUGGUACCUCCAUACUUGGUUAAACGAAAGAAGCAGCAUUUCCAUCAUCUCGCACAGUAUGAUGUUGAUUUGAUUCUUGGUUGCAACGGAUUCAUCUGGGUAGGUGAGCAUGUUGUGGUGGGUGAAAAAACUAAAACGACAGAAGAUCAGCAGAAAUCCGGUGAUGAUGCAGAGAAUUUCACCCCACUAGAAACGAGGAAGCAUAUCUGCCGGCUUGCCAACGCCGUGCGUGUACUUUCAGCCCUAGGAUUCACUUUGACUGUUGAGCUGAUAAUUGAGACGGCGGAAGCAAGUGUGACAGCAAAUGUUGAGGUAAACAACAUGCUCGGGGCUGAAUUUUAUGUUCAGAUGGCUGAGAGAGAGGCUAAGCGCCGAGUCGAUCUGCUGAGAAAGAAGAAUGGAGCAAGGUAAGUAGGUAACGCCUUGCUGAUCCAGGCUAGCUGAUUUGCAGAGAACAGUAUUUGACAUGUAGUAGUGUCUGAUCUGACAAUAUCUUCAAGGGAAAAAUACAUACCAAGUUCUAUGUACCCCUAACAGAGUGUCAAAGAUGUAUGGAGUUCCGCCCCACUCUGGUGCACUACAUGCAUUUGAUGAGGUGCCAGCAACGUGGUGCCAGGCUAGGCUGGACCGCUGGAGUCUAGCUGAUCUUUAAUCCUUUUGUCCCAAUGCUUACACGCCGUUCUUUUGAUUUGCAUUUGACGCGGUUAUGUAAUGUUGUCAGUAAAAUGAAUUGUGUGUGUAAACAUUUCCAUUUGAGGUCAUGUACUCAUGUUAUACUCCCCCUUGUCGACCUGGGACAAAAGGUUCGCCUCUUCAAAUCUGGCAUUGUCAUUAGU